UCUCCAGGGUUGGGAAAGACUGCACUGGGGAGACAGGGAAGGGGUGGACAGGGUCCAGGGUCGCUGCGCAGCCUGUCUCUGAAAGCGUAGCCCGUUGGGGCCUUCCUUAGGUGGUCCGCUAGGAAGACCAGUAUAUGCAGUACAAAAGCCCGGAACCUCUGAGGCCACAGUAUCAGCAGCAGUCUCCUCCCGCCUCCAAGCAGCGAAGAGCUCCACGCAUGCGCCCGGGUCAAGGUCCUCUUCCCCACGACGUCAGGGGGCUCCCGCCCGCUCAAAAGCUCCGCCCCACGGCGCCUGAGGCGACCUGGGCGGGGGAACCCCCGGCCACGCCCCCAGUGGAGCCGAGCGGGGCCGAGCGGGGCCGAAUGCCUCCGAGUGCGACCGAGCCGAGCCGAGCUGAGCUGCCCGGAGUCGGUUGGUGCAGCUGCGUCCCCGCCGCUCCACAGUCCGCGGCUCCGGCUUUGCCGCCGCCGCCGCCGCCGCCGCCGCCGCCGCCUCCGCGGGGCCUGCGUCGUCCGCCCGCCCGCCGGGAGGGAGGUCAGCAGCUCGGGGAGAGAGGCUCGGGGAGAGCGGCUCGGCCCCGGGCGCAGCGUCCGCUGCCGCUGCCAGGAGUGGCUUCUUUCCAGGAUCUGCAUUCAUGGAAUCCAGCAAGUCAUGAUUUUCUCCAUUGACUUUUUGAGGGUCUAGUGCUGCAGGCCAGGACUGAAACUGCAGCUGUAGAACCAAUGAGUGAACUUUUAAAGAUGUGUAUUAGGCUGCAUUACAUUAUGGGGGAAAUUGGAGAAAACAAUGAAGUAAAGGAAAAGUAUAUUUCCCAGUUGAGGAAACUGUGAGUAAGCACAUUGGAAAUUCUCAAGCUUCAUUGUUUGUCUCCAUUUGGAUUUGACUGUUAGCUUAUAAUUAGGAAAAAUCUGUUUUCUGAAAAUUACUGAAAAAGCUGCCCGUAGAAGCUGUUUCUUGCAUGCUUGUGGAAUAGCUGGAAUCUAUACUGUAAGGCUUGUGAUGGGACAAGCUGUCACCUGCUGAUCACCCAGAGUGACUCACCAUGGCCAGCAAGAGGAAAUCUACCACCCCAUGCAUGAUCCCAGUGAAAACUGUGGUGCUACAGAAUGCCAGUGUGGAGGCCCAACCUGCUGAGGCCUUGCCUGAAGGACCCCAGCAGGAUCUGCCCUCAGAAGCACCUGCCACCACUAGUGAGGCAGCCCAGAACUCCAGCAGCACUGAUGGCUCUGCACUGGCCAAUGGACAUCGGAGCACUUUGGAUGGCUAUUUAUACUCCUGUAAAGACUGUGAUUUCAGAUCCCAGGAUAUGACCCAAUUUGUGGGACAUAUGAACUCAGAGCACAUGGACUUUAAUAAAGACCCAACUUUUAUAUGCACUGGGUGCAGUUUCCUGGCCAAAAACCCUGAAGGCCUUUCCUUGCACAAUGCUAAGUGUCACUUGGGGGAAGCCAGCUUUGUUUGGAAUGUGGUCAAGGCAGACAAUCAUGUAGUGGUGGGGCAGAGUGUGCCCGAGAGCACCAGCACUCCUGACCUAGCCGUUGAGCCCAGCACUGAAGGAACUGAUGGGCAGGCUGAAAUCAUCAUUACUAAGACCCCAAUCAUGAAGAUAAUGAAAGGCAAAGCUGAAGCCAAAAAAAUUCAUAUGCUCAAGGAGAAUGUCCCUAGUCAGCCUAUGGGUGAGGCCUUGCCAAAGCCAUCUGGUGGAGAGACAGAAGUGAAAGAGGGAGACCAUGCCUUUGUUAAUGGGGCAGCUCCUGUCAGCCAGGCAUCUGCCAGCUCUGCAAAGCCUCCCCAUGCUGCCAAUGGGCCGCUAAAAGGAGCAGUGCCAGUUUUGCCAGCUGGUAUAGCACAGUUCCUCUCCCUCCAGCAGCAGCCCCCAGUGCAUGCCCAGCACCAUGCACACCAGCCCCUCCCCACAUCCAAGUCCCUUCCCAAAGUGAUGAUCCCCUUGAGCAGCAUCCCAACAUACAAUGCAGCUAUGGAUUCCAACAGCUUCCUGAAGAACUCCUUCCACAAGUUCCCCUACCCAACCAAAGCUGAGCUCUGCUACCUAACUGUGGUGACCAAGUAUCCAGAAGAACAGCUUAAAAUCUGGUUCACAGCCCAGAGGCUGAAACAGGGUAUCAGCUGGUCUCCUGAGGAGAUCGAGGAUGCCCGGAAAAAGAUGUUCAAUACAGUCAUUCAAUCUGUACCUCAGCCUACAAUCACAGUUCUGAACACACCUCUCGUUGCCAGUGCUGGCAAUGUCCAGCAUCUCAUUCAGGCCGCUCUCCCAGGGCAUGUUGUGGGACAGCCAGAGGGCACAGCAGGGGGACUCCUGGUCACUCAACCACUGAUGGCCAAUGGGUUGCAAGCACCAAACUCAUCUCUGCCCCUGGCAGUUACAUCUAUCUCCAAGCAGCCAUCUGUGACACCCAUUAAUACUGUGUGUUCAAAUACAACAUCGGCUGUGAAGGUGGUCAAUGCAGCCCAGUCACUCCUCACUGCAUGCCCCAGCAUAACUUCCCAAGCCUUCCUUGAUGCUAACAUAUACAAAAAUAAGAAGUCUCAUGAACAGCUGUCAGCUCUGAAAGGGAGCUUCUGUCGGAACCAGUUCCCAGGGCAGAGUGAAGUUGAGCAUCUGACCAAAGUGACUGGGCUCAGUACCAGAGAGGUGCGGAAAUGGUUCAGUGAUCGGAGAUACCACUGCCGGAACCUGAAGGGCUCCAGAGCUAUGAUGCCUGGAGAGUCUGGCUCCAUCCUCAUUGACUCUUUACCAGAGGUCCCCUUUUCCCCAUUAUCCAAGGCCCCUGAAGUGGCCUGUAUCCCAACAGCAGCCUCGCUGGCAAGCCACCCUGCUGCCAAACGGCAAUCCUGGCACCAGACGCCUGACUUCACACCAACCAAAUACAAAGAAAGAGCCCCUGAGCAGCUCCGUGUGCUGGAGAGCAGCUUUGCACAAAACCCACUUCCUCUUGAUGAGGAACUAGACCGUCUGAGAAGUGAAACCAAGAUGACACGGAGAGAAAUUGAUAGCUGGUUUUCAGAGAGACGGAAAAAAGUGAAUGCUGAGGAGACCAAGAAAGCUGAUGAGAAUGCCUCUCAGGAGGAAGAGGAGGCUGCUGAAGAUGAGGGUGGAGAAGGAGAAUUGGCCAGUGAGCUGAGAGUCACUGGUGAAAAUGGCUCCCUAGAAAUGCCUGUCAACCAGACUUCAGCAGAACGCAAGGUCAGCCCCAUCAAAAUUAACCUCAAGAACUUGCGGGUCACUGAAGCCAGUGGCAAGAAUGACCUUCCAGGGCUGGGUGCCUGUGAGCCUGAGGAUGAUGGGUUGAACAAGCUGGUAGAGCAACCCCCAGGCAAAAUGAGCUACAAAAAGACACCUCAGCAGCGACACUUGCUGCGGCAGCUCUUUGUCCAGACACAGUGGCCAAGCAACCAGGACUAUGACUCUAUCAUGGCCCAGACAGGCCUGCCACGCCCAGAGGUGGUGCGCUGGUUUGGGGACAGCAGGUAUGCCCUGAAGAAUGGCCAGCUCAAGUGGUAUGAAGACUACAAGCAUGGCAACUUCCCACCAGGGCUACUGGUCAUUGCCCCUGACAACCGGGAACUGCUGCAAGACUAUUAUAUGACACACAAGAUGCUGUAUGAGGAGGACCUACAGAACCUCUGUGACAAGACCCAGAUGAGUUCCCAGCAGGUCAAGCAAUGGUUUGCUGAGAAAAUGGGUGAGGAAACACGUGCUGUGGCAGACACAAGCAGUGAGGACCAGCACCCUGGUGCUGGAGAGCUUGUGGCAGUUCACAAAGGCCUGGGUGACACCUAUUCAGAAGUGUCUGAAAAUAGUGAGUCGUGUGAACUCAGUGCCCCUGAGGCCAGCUCAGAGCCCUUUGACACAUCCAAUUCCAAGACUGGACUUGAACUAGAAAGAGACUGAAUUUGAUCCAAUUACUAUGAAGGACCGGCCAGUCUAGGAUGCUGCCUGCCAUGUGGAAGAGCCAAAUCCACCUCUCUACUGCCACAUUUUGUUCCCAUGGCCAGCCACUGGGCACCCAGAAGAGCCUCUGGAAGUCUCACUGAUAGCCUGGAGCCCAACGCUGCCAUCUUCACCCUGGGCCUGCCACCACCAAGCAAGUGGCAAGCAGGGGGAUCAUCAUCAGUCCUUCCUCCCACAGUGUAGGACCUUUCCUUUGCCUUCCAAGGAUAAAAUAGUCCAGAUUUCAUAUUUGUAGACACAGAAUCAAGUUUUUAACCUAUACAUCUGCCUAUAUACAUUUAAUAAAAAGGUUACAAACACUUUCACUAUAUAGAAACUUUGGUUAGCAAAGGAGUAUAUUGUUCACAUCAUCUCUGAAAAUGCUGCGUGUCUGUUCUCUGGAGAGUGCUGGGGCCAUGAGAUCCCUCACCUUCCACAGGCAGGCAAGGGUUAAAGGCACACUCAGAACUGUGUCCAGGCUACUGGACCUCCACUUCGUCUUGCUGUAAGCAGCAGUAUUUUGAAGAGAGCUCUGCCUCCUUAAGCAGUGACCAGCCACAUGUCAUGCCCAGCUUGCCUUGCCUUGUGGGCUGAUCAGUUCAGAAAAUGGCACAGCUGAGAUUAGUGUUUGGAUGCUCACCACUCUAAAGUUGUUACUGUAAUUCUGCUUUUUCAUGAGAGUUUGAAUCAUGGACCAUAACUUUUUGGUUAUUAGAUUAAGGAAACAUUUGUUGUUAAGCCUAAUAUACUGACCUAUGUGCCCACUUUACUUUUUUUUUUUUCCUUUAAUCCAGACACUUAGAGUGAAAAGAAAUGGAAAAAGGCAAUAGAGGUGGGGCAGAAGUGGAAGGUAUGCACACAUCCUCUAGCCCCGGCCACGGCUCAGAGACCUUUCUCCCCAUGCACUGCAAAGCCUCCUGCUGGCUGGGAGGGAAGAACACACUGGCUCAGCAGUGACGAGGGCUGAAGGGAUUCAGGGACUGUUUGGAAUUAUCAGAGCUGUUAAUUUUGAGCACAAAGACCUGCAGUAGAUAGUUCCUGGCAGAAUAUCCAGAGUGACCCAGCUGUACACCGGCACCUGCCCAGUGUGCUGGGUGCAUGCCCCAGCAGUGCUGGACACCACUGGUCCUGUGAGGAUGUUUUAAAAUUAUGUAUUUAUAUUGUUAAACUGGGAAUCAAGAACUCUUAUUUCAUGUCCUCCUUUGAAUUGAGAAAAAGAAUAGGAAAAGGUGCCUUUGAAAUGACAGAAAACAUGCUUACAGAGUUGUAUUAAAUGGUAAUGCCCCUUUUUCCCCAGCACUGGCCACUCUUCGAGCAGUUGAUAUGGGGGUGGGGCUGGCUAAGGACCUGUUACCUCUGGUGUCACCUCUUAGAAACAUCCUGCUUCCCAAAGCACCAGGCACAGGUACUAGGACCUCAUGGGCUCACUCCCAGACCUGGGUGAGAGUGGAGCACCAGGAGGGCCAGAGUACGGCAAGGGCUUAGGGCAAGAAAACUAGUGUGUUCUAGGCCUUCCUCCUUCUCCUACCAGAGAACUGGAACAGCCAAGCCACCCUACUGACUUGGCAUCAAGGACAAGCCAUGGUGGCAGCACCUUCUGUUUCCCAGGAGAGGGCUUUCUUUGGAGAGCAAAGCCCUUGAACCAGUGUUCCUCUCUUUUUCCAUUGUUCUUUUCUUUCUUGCCCUCCAUGUCCCAAUAGGGGCUACUUUUUUUUUUUUUUUUUUUUUGGUAUUGGGGAUUGAACUCGGGACCUUGCGCUUGCACGGCAGGUGCCAAAACCACUGAGCUAAAUCCCCGGCCAGGGCCACUUAUUUGUCUCAAAUUGGGGACUUGUGAGUACUUGUCAAGUUUUGCAGCCUAUCUUUGUAUUCUUUCCAUUUGGGGAUUGAAGUUAUUUGGUUCUAAAAGCCUUUGAGGAAUUGCCAAGAAUGGAGAGAGUGCCUUCCUUCAGAGAACAGACACCUGGAAUUUUCCCUUCAGUGUUUAUGUACAUGCAGUUUAAUUUAUAUAUCUACAUAUAUACAGUAAAAAUACUCAUUUGAUAGUUUGCUUGUAAAAUGUACACAUGAUGUGUGCCCUUGAGGAACUUCAUGGCAUGUGGGUAUUGGGGGAGGUGGCCUGUGCGACAGGGAAUGAUGGUGCCUUGCACAGCUGCUGUGGUGGCCUAGCAUAAAGCCAUCUCCAAGAAUCUGAGAAGCUGACCAGUGCCUCACCCCCAGAUCCUUGCUAAUGUCCCCUCCAGAGCCCUACAGUCACUGGCUGAAUGAUAGUGUCUAUUGAGAGGGUUCUCUUGGUUAUGUAUUGAAUUUUAAUCUACAACCCAAAGAACAAAACAGAAAAAAAUAAGUCACAUGGUGGACAAGUUCAUGCAUGACAUAGAGAGUGCCUAAGCCUCGGGUACCAGGUUGUGUUUUAGGUGGAAAUUAUGACAUCAGUCCCAGCAUGUUUUUCUCAGAUGUUGGCCCUGCUUAACAUCCAUGGCUAUGCCACAAAUGGCAAGAUGGCCUAGAUAAGAAGCCUAGCAGACUGGACAGACCCUGCUUCUUCUUGUGCUCUUAAGAGGGGAGUGAGAAAGUGUGGUUUGAACUGGAAAGAGUAGGUGACAGUGAAGGAGGUGGUCACUGAGUAGGGACUCAGGGCUUUGAGUGCAAGCCCUGAAUGCAGUGUGCCAGGCAGAGACUUGCCUACAAGAGCCCACUGUGUCACAGAUACACUGACAGUGGCAGUAGGGACUAUGAGAUGACAGCAGCCCAGUCUGUGGCUCAUCACAAGAUGCAUUGCUAAAGGGUUAAAUUAGGUGUUGUCAAGAAGAGGCCUGUACUAUAAGCUGAUGAAUAUUUUCCCUUUUCUCUGUAUGCCUGUGGACUUAGUUUCUUGUUGCCCAUUGUACCUGUUUAUUUUGUUUUUUUACAUGGGGUUAUAUAUUCAGUUCUAACAGGUGAAACCAGAUCACUUUUCUUUUUUUUUUUUUGGAGAUGUCUUGCUAUAUAGUUCAGACUGGCCUUGAACUUACGGUGAUCUUCCUGCCUCAGCCAGAUCACUUUCUGAUAAAGAAAAUUUGAAUUGAUGAUACAUAAGCUUUACAUAUUUGAUUGUUGUGAUUUUUGAAUGUAGAGGACCUUUUUGAUUUGGGGAGGAGAAAAUCAUUUUCAAGGCUUGGGUUCCUGAAAAAGAAUGCCCUAGCUUGACAGCUCACCAGCACCUUGAGAUUUGGUGGUAGCUGACUGAGCUUUCUCUUGGCAGUGACAGGCAGCUGUUCAGGUGGACCAAAGCACCUCAGCCCACAGCCCCACAACUUGUUCUCUAGAAGCAGAAGAGUUGGGCAGAGGUGCUGGGUGGGACCUUUUGGGCUUCCACCUGCACUGUACCUUGCUCCCAUGGAAGAUCCAACGUGUUCUCCAGGCUGAAACAUGGUUCCUGGGGUUUAUAUCUUGUUCAGUCCUGUGCUCCCUCUCCUUCUUUCUGGCACUAGGACAUCUGUCCCAAAGCUACCUUCUAUGGAGAAUGGGAGGUAGACUUUCUGGUUGGGUGCUUAUGUUUCUGUGCACAUGCUUUCCCUCUGCUGCCUACUCAGUGUUCCUGUGUUGGACCCUACUUCUCCUGUCUUCCUAGUCUGUGUGCACUAAAAUCCUCAGGUUGAAGCAGCUUGUCAGUUCAAACAUCACAGCCCAAGUGGGUAAAGGCACUUUACAAGAGAGAAGAGAACCCAAGAAGAAAACUUUAACUUUGAAAGUUGGAGUUUAGGUUUUACCUAUCCUACCCCCUUUCCCUCAACUUUCCUUGCAGUUUAUCCUGGGAAGUUAUUGGUUUUAAGCAUAAACUUUUCAUGCAUCACAUCUCUUUGUAAGGGUGUUGCAUGCUGAAGGAAAGCCCAUGGGGCACAUGGAAGUCAACACAGCCAGCACAUCCUGGCCAAAGCCAGCAGCCUGCCCAGGUCAGGGCCUGGUUCACCUGACCUCAGAUGUGGUAACCCCUCUGCACGGCUCUUGACCCAGCUUUUUCUCUUCUUUUCCCUGAGAACGGGCUUCUCCAACCCUCCCUUUCAGACCUCAGGAGGCUGUCUUCAUGUGCGUGGAGAGCACUGAGUCAGCAGGCAGUGGCAGAGCUCAAGCCUCUCUCUGAGUUCAAGUCCCCUCCCUAACCAAAGCUUCAAGCUGAGGUACCUACCGUGUGACUUUUGGCUGAUAUAAGCUGGUAAGGUCACACUGAACCAUGACACCCUAGGGCUGACAAGGCCAUGGGGACCUUGUGAACAGAAUGACUUUUGGUUUUGUCUUGAGUGACUAGAUGGAAGUGGCACUCAUGGAGCUGACAGACCUCAGAUUGAAUCCAUUUGUUGGAACCUGUGUGUUCCCAGUGUGCAGCCACCCUGUUUGGAGGAGAUGGGCAGCAAACCCAUGCAUUCUCAGAGCUGACCCUGCAUUUGUACUUAGUUAAGUGAAAGGAGCUUGUCUGUCUAGAGCAUGUGGCUCUAGAAAGGAUAUAAAGCCUGCGUUUGAGUCUUCUGUCUUGAAUUCACUUGUCUGUAAUAGGCAGCCAUUCUGUCCUGCCUGCAAAUCUGACCUUGUCCUUGAAAAGGAUUUAGUUCUUCACUACUCUGAAGCAAUGACAUAGAAGAGUUUUUAGCCCAGGGUCUGCCCUUAAAUCUGGGGCAAGGACAGGAACCUAGAGGCUAGGGAUGAGACUAGGCUGAUCCUGACUGCCACAUGGACAAGGGCAAGGGGCAAGUACCUGCCUUCCUUAGUUUAUAAUGUAUUAACUUUUGUCUCUGCCCUUUUUUGCCUGAACCUGGCCCUUGAUGCUGCUCCACAGGGGUCUGGCAGAGCCAAGGGAGGAAGGAGCAGAGCACCAUCCUGGCAGGGACUGGCUGGCAUCUUUCUGCUGUCCGGGUGGGGGGGCAAGAAGGUGGCAAGCCAGGACACCUGAGGGGCCUGUGUGCUUACCUAUUUGUGACUCUUCGGCUGAGGGGUGGGGGAGCACAUCUUGUGCACACAGACGGGCGCCUACAUGUGUCAAUAGCUUCUUUUGGUUCAUGGUUUUAACUUACGUUCCCUUCCAUGAUAAAUGAGGUGACUCAGAAUUACUCAGUGACUAGAGUCUAAGGUAAAGUGUCCAAGAUAAAGGCUGCUUGCUCAGUCACUAAGAAUAGGAGACGCCAAGUGCUGAGUCCUUUCCAAGUGUCAACCCCAGAACAGAAAUACUGUGACGAGGGUAAAAAUCAAUCAACAUAGUGCCUAUAAUCCCGAAAUUUGCAUUUAACACAUUCCCACCAGCUUCAACCACUGGUGAUUCACGCAUGACUGUCCCACUGGGUAUCUUGGACUACCCAAUGAGACUGUGCCAUGCUGUCCAGAGAAUCAUGCAUGUAACAGUGGCUCAGAGCUGCCCAUCAGCGAGACAUGAAUUAUGGCCCUAUUGUGAAUGUGUUAGAAAUCUUGCCACUCGUUCCUGGUUCCUGCCCAUACAGUGCUCUCAUUCUUGCAGUUUGCUUGAUCGAAGCCCAUGUGAUUGUUGGCUAGAGCAAGAACGAUAGCACCCCUCCUCUGUGGGUCACCAGCCUGACAGGUCAGACCCUGUGAAUCUGGGCAAGGGCCUCAAAGCAGUGAUCACCCCUGGAUGUAAGCUCCCACCAUGCUUCUGAGAAGCUGCUUUGUUCAGCAGCAUCAGGUGGGCCAGACUGCCAUAAUUUGUUAUUAAAAAGAAAAACAUGCCAACUUUCCUCUCCCUUGCUGACUAUUGUGCUUUGAGUUUUACUCACAUAGCCUUUGGGGGAUGUUAGGGAGGUUGCCAAAGGCCUGCAGAUUACUUCCUGACAAAGUUCUAAUUCCUAGUCCUUAAGCACCAGUCUGUGUUCUGAUCUUUAAUGCAAACCCUUGUUCCCUGCGGGCCAGACUGCUAAGAAUUGAAAGGGGUGAAUGGCAUGAGCAGUUUGCUUGGUGCACUUCCUGUCUGAGGACAGCUGAAGAAGUGAUCAUCCUGGUGCUAAGUGAGGGCCAACUGUCCUGUCAGAGGCAAACUGAAACUUUAGCCGAACUGUGUUGAGGGUCCCACCUCCUAUUGUGACCAAGUGUGAGACCAAACUGAGAAAAUGGCAUACGCUUGUCAUUUAGGCCAUGUGGAAUACAAUACAACUCUUUGCCCAGAGUGAAUGUUUAACAGAAAGAUGGAGCUUUUCCUUCGUGUGGAGUGUGGUUAUGCUGAGGCGGGAGGUGGUGAGAGGUGUAGGGUUGGCUUCUUUGAGGCAAGUCUCCAGGCCUCACAAGGUCCCCUGUGGGGAUGCUGCUAUUUCUAAGAUGCAAAUUGCACACUUCCUAGAUUUUGUAUUUGUGGAUUUGAAUAAGGGAGGGGAAAAGGGACAAAAUGCUUGUACAGUCUGAAAUGGACUUCAGUGGUACUUCAAAUCUUUUGACUGUUCCUAAAUAAAAAUGUACAUACAUUUCA